CGCCUCGCUCUCCGUCUCGCUUUCUUCCCCUUUGUCCUGCUCCGGACUGUUCCCUCGCUCGGCGGCGGCGCCGCUGCUGUCGGCCGCCCGCCCGCCCGCUCUCAGCCCACGGUCCGGCCAGGGGGACGGGGCCGCGAGGCUCGGAGAGCGGCCAUGGGCAUCAGCCGCCUGUCGGAGCUGAUCCGGGAGCAGGCGGCCGAGGCGGUCACCGACAAAACCAUCCACGCGUAUGAGGGACGUGUGAUGGCGCUUGACGCUGCCGUUGUGAUGAAUCAGUUCCGUAUGGCCCGGCCCGACAAGCGCUACCUGCAUCAUCUCAGCCAGAUUGUGGGUGUAUUUUACCGCACUGCCAGCCUCCUGGAGAAGGGGAUUAAACCCGUCUUUGUGUUCGACGGCCCGGCCCCCAGGAUGAAGUCGCGGGUGCUGCGCAAGAGGCUUGGUUGGAGACCCACGCUGGAGAAUGAGGAGCACACAUGUAGACCAGCCCCAGAGAGCAAGGAUCAUGCGUGUGGUUCAUCCCCAGAGAGAGAGGAACACACGUGUACCACAGCCCCGGAGAGUGAGGAACACGCGUGUACUGCAGCCCCCGAGAGUGAGGGAUAUCUGUGUCUAACGACCAUGGAAAGGGGGGAACACACAUGGAGACCGAUCCCAGGGGGAUGCAGAUUAGCGACGGAGAGUGAGGGAUGUGUGCGGAGGCCAAGCGGGGAGAAGGAUGGACAGGCAUGUGGACCGAGCCCCAACAGCCAAGAGCAGGACUGUAAAGUGGCUGAGACGGCGGAGCCCGUUGCGAGGACCGGCCGCCGCGACUGUCAGCGUCUGCUCACCCUCCUGGGGGUGCCGUACAUUGAGGCUCCAGCUGAGGCAGAGGCCACGUGUGCGGCGCUGGUCAAGUCCGGGAAGGUCCACUGCACGGCCACGGAGGACAUGGACGCCCUGCCCUUCGGAUGCACCCGACUCGUCCGCAACGUCAGCGCCAAGAAGGACGCGAGGGUGGAGGAAUUUUCCUUGCCGGACAUCCUGAAGGCACUGAACCUGACACAGGAGCAGUUUGUGGACCUGUGCAUCCUGAUGGGGUGUGAUUACUGCGAGAAGAUUCGUGGUGUGGGUCUGAAGCGAGCCCUACCCCUCAUCCAGACCCACAAAAGCAUCGAGGGCAUCGUGCAGAACCUCGACGCCAGGAGAUUCCCAGCCCCGGAGGACUGGCCAUACCAGGAGGCCCGGACCCUCUUCCUGCAGCCUGAGGUGGCGGACCCUCACGAUGUGGUGCUCGAGUGGGGGGAGCCUGACGAGGAGGGACUCGUGCAACUGCUCGUGCAUGAGAAGAAGGCCAAGGAGAAGCGAGUUCGGGAUCGAAUCAGGAGACUACGUGAAUCUCUCCGGGACGUGGAGCGUCGGAGCCGGAUGUUCACGGCCGAGAAGCAGCGGCGGCUGGACGAGUUCUAUCGCAAAGUGAGGGGACUCCGCUACUGCAGACAGGGAGAUCAGCCCCACUUCCAGCUCUCCACCAAGAGACGUCGCACUGCCCAACGCAACCUCUCCCAUCUCCCGCUUCGCCGACGGCUUGUCCCCCCACCUCGGAAUGCCACUUCAUGAGAUCUCCUCCCUCAGAUGUCUCUCCCCAACCCUCCUUUCCCCACAGAGCCCCUGCCGCUAGCCUGACCCACCAGCCCCUAACUACCCCUUUCCAACCCUCUUCCUUCCUCUUGCUCCCCCAUCCUUAAGAGAAAGCCCAUGUCCCAACCUCAACCUCCAUCCUACCAACCAAACCGCAGUUGUUCACUCAGCCCUUGAUCUUAUCCCACUUUUGUAUCCCUCCCCAAGCCCUCCUUGGCCCCUGUGUUUCCCUCCUCUUUCCUCUCCUCCCUCCCUACACCUCUUCCUCCCUCCUCCUCUCCCUCCCUCCUCCCCCUCACCUUCCCCUUGCUCCCUCUUUCUCACCCUCCCCUCCCUCUCUUACCUCUUGUCCUACACAUCCCUCUCCCCACUGUACCCCCUCUCUGUCCCUCAACAGCACGGGGUCCCAGGACACUGUCCCCUACCCCUGAAGUGGUCCUUAUCAUCGGCUCUGCCUUCACAUGGUCCAGCGUCACCCUCAACGACGGGAAACCAGAACUUACCUCUAUCAGCUUCCUGGGAAGAACCUUAUUUGCUGCAGGAUUCCCAGACGAGGAGUCAAGCCCUCGUCCGAGACUUUAUCCCUUCUACUCUCCCACCAAGCAAGGUCCCAGUGGGAGUAGCCAAGGGGUCUACGGAGCAGUAGGCCUGUGGGAGAUGUGCAGGAGAACACUGGGCCCUUACGGGUUUGAGGACGGAGAGAGCUGAGUGUGUGGGCUGUGCCCCGAGGGGCUUCACUCGCCUGAGGCCAGUAUAAUUCACUGCACAAUCCUGCAGCUACCACACAGCCCGAGCCAAAAUCAAGGCCCAUUGAGAACUCACGGCAGACUGAGCAGAGUCCGGGGAAAGCUGAGACAAGAAGGGUGUCCCAGCUGGAGAGUCGAACCAACCACAACGUCAAAGGUUACAAGACCGGGGAGUGGAGAAAAAAAUCAGCCAUGAUUCAAUGUCGGAGCACCUGAGUGAGCCAAAUGGUCUAAUUUCGCUCCUGUUUUAUGGUCUGACAGUCUGAGUUGGGAAUUAAAUCUGUAAUUGAUUGGUUCGAUCUCGAGGGAACUUCUCUCUCAUGGGAUUACCUUCUUUAAAUUAAUUUAUUUAUUUAACAAAAGCUCUUAAAUUAAAAUGUGAUCUUCCCUGUGCAGCACACACCCCUUCUCCCUUCCCCCUGGGGUCCCUGGUUCCAGAAUGUCUUCCUCAGAGUUGUCCGAUACUGAACGCUCCCUCCACAGGGAUGUCCGAGCACGGGUGCGUGCUGGUCGGCUCAGACUGAACCUCCUUAUACCCAUUAAUGGCUCCCGUGCCCAUUACCCAGGAGCUGACCGACCAGGAGAUACAGCCCAUUGCCUCUGCACUGCAUAACAAGAUCAGGAGGGUGAAACUCAAUGAGCAGCCCCUUCAGAUACUGGAACAGAGGCUGUUCAGGUUCUUGCCAGCCCCAGAGGUGUCCAGCCCAGGUCCCUGGUGUAUCGGAGGAGGAUGCUGCACAGUGAUGGUUCAUCUUCUCGCAUCACAAUUAAACCAUUUAAACAAAAACUGAAAUAUUGCAAAUGCUGGAAUCUGAAACCACACACACGAUGCUGGGGAACUCAAUGGGUUGACAAGUCUUGGAUCACCAUGGCACAGAAACAGGCCCAUCUAGUCCGUGCCAAGCCACUAAUCUGCCGAGCGCGUUUGACCUGUACCCAGACCGCAGCUCUCCGACCUGAUCAUCCAAGUACCUAUCCGAAUUUCUCUUAAACAUCAAGCUGGCAUGCAUGAUUUCCA